CGGACAACUACAUUCAAGGAAUCCCAUUGGAAGGAUUGCUGCUGCGCCGGUGGAUUGAAUAUCGUCGCUACCUCGAAAUAACGCUAGACAAGCAUAUUACUACAUGUCGCCGGCCACGAGAGACGGUUCAGCCUAUUACCAUUCCUAUUAUCGUAUUCUACAACCCCUCAAUUCACAUUGAUCUCAGCGAUUUCGACCGGAACCCAUAUCGAUCACAGGAAAACCGCUCAGGCGACGCGGCUCUUCUGAGUCGGCGCGCACCCCAAGUUCGUCAACAUGUUGCGGCCGGCCACUCCCUUGGCGAUCCUGCUCUUCGCAGCGUUCGCCUUGUUGUUGAUGUCUGUACUGUCAACACCAAUCAUCGAGGCCAUUCCCUUGGGUACCUUUGAGGGAGUCAGCUUCGGCGUCUUUGGUUUCUGCAAAGGUGACGGCUGCAGUCCGUUUGAGAUCGGAUAUGAUACCUCUUCCCUAUUCAGUGAACAGCAAUCCGCAACUUUCGAUCUCCCUUCGUCGGCACGUACAACUCUCUCGGCCAUUCUGAUCAUACAUCCUGUUGCCGCACUUUUUACUCUGAUCAUGUUGGUCCUUGCCAUCGUCGCGCAUCUACACUCGCCUUCACACUCGUCUAGAUAUCUUCUGAUCAUGUUGAUUUUUGGCAUAAUCACCUUCAUAGUAUGCCUGCUCUCCUUCUUAAUCGACGUUCUGCUGUUCGUCCCUCAUAUGGCUUGGGGAUCAUACAUUGUCCUUGCUGCCACCAUUCUCGUGGCAUUGAGUGGACUUGUAUCUUGUGCGAUGCGCCGGACUGUUGUCAGCAGGAAAGCAAGGAAGAAGCGCAUUGCGGAAAAUGCUGAAAUGAGCGGCGAAAACUACUACAAUCGUACGGCUCAACAACAAGCUCCUGUUGCUACUACUCUUGGCGCUGUGGAACCAACAGUUCCUGUCGUCAGUGGCGGCAAUGGGCCAAGCGACAAGCCACCUUUCGUAACAUAUGAGAAGAAGGAUGACCGCAGCAGUGAUGAGCGAGUGCCCCUUACAGCUAGGACUCCUUCGCAAAGGUCGCCAAACCAAAUGCCUGCCGAGAUAACAGCAUCGGAUAUCCCCUAUAGUGGUCCAACCCCGCCACGCUCAGCUGCAGGCUCAAGUCGCUCACUGCCGCGAGACCAGUACGGAAACCCAAUGCCACAACUUCAGGAUGCUUAUGGCGUCCGGCGCGGGCCUCCCAUUGAGCAAGCGAAUAUGCGAGACCGAAUUGGUCCUCCAGGUGGUUAUAGGGGACGCGGCAAUAACAGAGGAGGUUAUGGUGGCCCCUACGGUCCGCCUCCGAAUGGCAGGGGCGGCUACGGUCCACAGGGACGCGGUGGCUAUGGAUAUGGACCUGGAGGAAGAGGUGGUUAUGGACCGAGAGGGGGCUACGGCGCUGGGGGUAUGAGAGGGGGCCGGCCACCACCACCGGGCUACCCCGGCAAUGGUGGAUAUGACAGGCGUCCACCGCCGCAGCCGGAUGCAUAUGGAAACUAUGGCCCCGGGCCUGGCAGGCAAGGCUCUCCGGCAACAGUUGGAGCGCCAUACGGCAUGAACCCAUCGAUGCCAAGUGCAUCGACGGGAACAACUGGCAUGGGCGGUUACGAAGCAUACCAUCCUGACCGAGUCAGUGAAUUACCUAGAGCCGAAUCUCCUCCACCGUUACCUGGUGUUGAUGAUGCGAUACCAGCACCGGUGGGACAGGCCGUUGAGAUGGACGCCCGCACUGGCAGUCCAGCUCACCCGCCUCAAGGGUUUGGACAAUUCAACAACCAGCUCAGAGACAGUGAUGCAGAUGUUGCUGGUAUGCUUGCUCUCCAGCAGGGAGGGUCAUUCCCACCGCAAAGGCACGAAACUUAUAUGAGCGAAGGCAGCAAGUAUAGCCAAGACGAACACUACACGCCGCCACGGCAAGCUUGGAAUCAAGGACCUGGCCGGAAUUCUCCCAAAGCGCCAUCCCCGCUCAGCAAUCCAGCAGGGCCAACCGAGCAUGCGUCUGCUACUACACCAUCGCACCAAACAGCAGUAACCGAGGGCAGCACCUACUACGAAGAUGUUGACCCCCGUUUUGCAGAGCCAGCUCCUCGGCCACUUCAACCCGGAACAUUGCAAACCGGAUUCAGUCCUUCUGGCUACGAUGAUUUUCAUGAUGGGUCCAGAAGCCCUGCUGCAUCUGAGCAGUCAGUUUUCACUUCGGUAUCUCAAAGAGGAGUGAACCCUCGAUGGAACUCACCGCCCCUAGGCCCCCAGGAGCCUUUGGGCAGCAGAUCCCACGGAGACCAGUCAACCGGAACGAAGUGAAUGUUCUUAAUAGCAACCCGGACUUCCAGUUACCAGGUAGCCGAGGCAACGCUGCCCAGGGUCCUCCAGGAGGCGGUGCCGGAGCCGGGAUGAUACCAGGAAGUGCCUACCCUAGCGUAUAAUGAUUUUUUCCCUUGAGUCAUAUUUC